AGUACGAAUCUUUCUAGAAACGGCCGCUUCAUGCAUUUCGGAAGGACAAUUGAAAGCACUUUCAUCAGCUCAAUACAUUCUGCUGAGGACAUUUCCAAAAGAUUCUUUCUGGACAAACGCAGCGAUGGAUAUCAACGAAGUGAUCAGCGGUCUUGAGAGUGAUGUGAAAGAGAUUACGAGUUUGCUGGAGAAAUGUGAACGGCAGCGUGUUAGAGACGUGUUAACACAAGAGCAGCAGAAGAUUGAGAAAGAGCUCGCGCAGAAGAGACAGCUGAAAGAGCAACAAGCCAAAAAAGACUCCGGAGACAAAACUGAUACAGUACUCAAGGGAUACACAGUGAAAAUUAACAAUUACGGAUGGGACCAGUCUGAUAAAUUUGUCAAGAUCUACAUCACACUAAAAGGAGUGCAUAAAAAUCCAGCUGAAAAUGUGGAGGCCAGCUUCACAGAGAGAGGUUUCCAUGUCCUUGUCAAAGAACUGGAGGGAAAGAACCAUCAAAUGACAGUCAACAACCUUUUAUGUCCCAUUGUUGUAUCUGAGAGCAGUAAAAAGAUUAAAACAGACAUGGUCCUUAUCAUGUGCAAGAAGAAGUCAAGCAAAAAAUGGGACUGUCUGACACAAGUAGAAAAACAGUCUAAAGAGAAAGACAAACCCAACAUGAAUGAGAAUGCUGAUCCAAGCGAGGGGCUGAUGAGCGUGCUGAAGAAGAUCUACACUGAUGGAGAUGAUGAGAUGAAACGUACUAUCAACAAGGCCUGGGUUGAGUCUCAGGACAAGAAGGCCAAAGGAGAUGAUUUUGACAUCUGAGUCAGCUCCCUCGUCUGCUUUCACAGCAAAGCACCCCCCAGCUCGGCUGCAUUGUGUUAUUUCACAUUAAGAGGAUUAUUUUAUGUAUUUCUGUACCAUUUUUCUGUUAAACGUGACCGUUAAUGAAAGAUAUGAUUAACUGUUCCCAUUCCUGUGGCUGUUUUGACAGCACUCAUAAUUGUAUGUUGUUUCAGUUGUAGUCAACAUGUUCAGUGAAUUUUCAGUCAGUUGUGUUGCACCAAAGACUGUACCACAACAAUGGAAAAAAGGAAAUUAAAGGAAAGGAAAUUUGUUCUGACCAUCUUUUUCUUGUGCAUAAAGAUUAUUAUAUAAUGAAGCACUGUUUUAUUCACUGGAAUAUAUACUGGAUUAUUCACCCCAAAAUAAACGUUCUGUU